GUCUCCCCCGGCUGGGCUCAGACUCCGCUCUGCUCAGCUCUACUCCGCUCUCCUCUCCUCCAGCCUCGCCAGGCCCUCUCCCUGCCGGCAGGAGCUCCUUAGCUGCGGGGCGGCGGCGGCCCGCUCGCAGGCGGCUGCAAGCGACCUCAGAGGCAGCGGCAGCGGCAGCGGCGGCGGCGGAGCCGAGGAUGAAGUGCAAGCCGAACCAGACGCGGACCUACGACCCCGAGGGCUUCAAGAAGCGCGCCGCGUGCCUGUGCUUCCGCAGCGAGCGCGAGGACGAGGUGCUGCUGGUGAGCAGCAGCCGCUACCCCGACCGCUGGAUCGUGCCGGGAGGGGGCAUGGAACCCGAGGAGGAGCCGGACGGCGCGGCGGUGCGCGAGGUGUACGAGGAGGCGGGAGUCAAGGGGAAGUUGGGCCGCUUGCUGGGCGUCUUCGAGCAGAACCAGGACCGCAAGCACCGGACCUACGUGUUCGUGCUCACUGUCACCGAGCUGCUGGAGGAUUGGGAAGACUCGGUCAGCAUCGGCAGGAAGCGCGAGUGGUUCAAGAUCGAAGAUGCCAUCAAGGUCCUGCAGUGCCACAAGCCCGUGCACGCCGAGUACCUGGAGAAACUGAAGCUGGGCGGCUCCCCUACGAAUGGGAACUCGGCCGCCCCGUCCCCGCCAGAGAGCGAGCCCUAAUGAACAGAGACAUGCUCAAGAUCACGCUGAACUCAUCAUUGCUGUGAACCCAGUAUUCAGUGGUAUUGUCAAGUUCACCGGAGCACCUUUAAGGUUCCCAAGGAGACCGCUCAUUCUGGUUUUCCUUCUACAUCUUGGAACACUCCUCUGUCUAUCUUACCAACUUUUCCGCUCUGGUUGUUGUACUCUUGUGUGUGAACGGACUUAAUUCAGCACCUAUAGCCUUUUGUUGUGCUUUUCUGAUGUGUCUGCCUUCUUCAUUAGACCUUUGAGAGCAAUGACUAUUUUUCCUUACUCUGCAUAUUCUGCAUCCAAGACACUACUUGAAAUAUGGUUGGCAUCACUGGAGGUCUUUGAUUCUAUUAAUAUUUUGUAAUCUCUUUAUGGCUAAAUAUUUCCCUCCCAAUCUGGUGCUAGUAGAGUAUCCGCUGUCUAAGCACCAUGUGUGUAGCUCAUGUGUAUUAGGUGUUGCAAAAACAUUUCGGGACAGUUUGAGAUGUUCCAGGACAAGAAUUAGUACUCAUUUAUAUGUCAUACCACACAAUGGCUGGCACAGUUUUAAUAUUAUGUCAUCACUUAGGGUAACAUUUUAUAGGAUUA